AUGUACAUUACUACACCAUCAACCUCGAACCCUCGAACCAUCAGCAUCGGUUCCAUUCGAAGUAAUCCAAACAAAGAGAAGGGUUUAGGGUUGGAAGACUAUCAGGAACAACUCGAUCGACUAUCCUUAUCAAUCCAAACUCAACUCGGAUCAACUAGGAACUCACAACAACCACAACAACAGCACAAGAAUACCCCACAGCAUCGAUGUCGACCCCCUCCUGUCCACCCCAGACGAUCUCAUCCUCUCAGAUUCCAAUCACCCGCUCAUUCACCAUUGAAUUCGUCAACCGUUGAUCACGCGGCAUCCACAAGGCUCCAACGAACUAGAUCCCAAACAUCUUAUGCAAUCCAUCAUCAACUCGAUUGA